AAAAGUAGGACUCUGCCUGUACUACAUCACUUCUCUCCUGUACACGAUGCUCACAAUGAGAUCAGCUCUGGGAGUCCUGUGUGUCCUCCUAUCUCUUCUUUCUACUGCUUCUUCUCUCUCCUGUGUGCAUUGCACUCAGACCGGCGCCAGAACAUGCAGAGGACAGAGUAUACCAUGUGCCCAAAGACAAUUUUGCGGAUCUUUAUUAACACUCUCCACAAAUCCAGAGGGAACCACCGUGGCCAUCACAAGAGCAUGCUUUGAUAGAAACCAGUGUAUCCUGCAAAAUGCAAGUUAUAACGUUCUGGAUACAAAAACCAAGAUGGCCAUCUCCUGUUGUUUAGGUGACGACUGCUCUCCAAGUAGACCCAACUUGCCAGAAGAUAACAACCGACUGAAUGGACUCACUUGCCCAACCUGUUUGUCUACGGCCUACAAAACAUGUUCUGGCCCAGAGACUCUGGGGUGCACUGGGAAAGAGACAAGCUGCUUUACACAGUCCGUGAAAAUGUCAGGAAUCCACACAAGCACCGUGGUGUAUCAUGGUUGUUCUACCGAAUCCUUCUGCAAAAUGGGCAACCGCACCAUGAACUCUAACAUUCUAAAUGUGGACACUACAAUUUCCUGUACUAAUGGUGUCAAAGGCAGUACUGGCCCCACCACAGGAAAUAGUUGGACCACCACCAGAAGCACUGGGACCACCACAGGAAAUCCUGCAACCAGCAGCAUCAAUGCAACUACUAGAGGAAGUCCUUCCAGCACAAGGGGAAAUUUUACCACCACUAUGGGAAAUUCUUCUCGCACCAGUGGAAAUGGUGUAACUUCUAGAGGAUUUCCUUCCAGCACCAGAGGCAAUAUUACCACCAAUAUGGGAAAUUCCUCAGGCACCAGAGGAACUCCUGUAAAUACCAGUAGAAGCGGUGCAACUACUAUGGGAAACCCUUCCAACACAAGGGGAAAUCUUACCACCAAAAUCGGAAAUUCUUACAGCACCAGAGGAACUCCUGUUAUCACCAGUAUAAAUGGCACAACUACUAGAGGAAGCACUUCCAGCACCAGAGGAAGCUCUACCAUGACUAAGGGGAACACUGCAACAACCAAAAUAAAUUCUACAAGCACCAGUGGAUAUACUGCAACUACUAAAGUCAAUAGUUCAAGCACCAGAGGAAGUUAUUCCACAACUAAGGGGAACACUGCAACAACCAAAAUAAAUUCUACAAGCACCAGUGGAUAUACUGCAACUACUAAAGGCAAUAGUUCCAGCACCAGAGGAAGUUCUACCACAACUAAGGGGAACACUGCAACCACCAAAAUGAAUCCUACAAACACCAGUGGAAAUGUUGCAACUACUAAAGUCAAUAGUUCCAGCACCAGAGGAAUCUCUACCACAACUAAGGGGAACACUGCAACCACCAAAAUGAAUCCUACAAACACCAGUGGAAAUGUUGCAACUACUAAAGUCAAUAGUUCAAGCACCAGAGGAAGUUCUACCACGACUAAGGGGAACACUGCAACCACCAAAAUGAAUCCUACAAGCACCAGUGGUACUGUUGCAACUACUAAAGUCAAUAGUUCAAGCACCAGAGGAAGUUCUUCCACGACUAGGGAGAACACUGCAACCACCAAACUAAAUCCUACAAGCACUAGUGGGAAUGCUGCAACAACUAGAAGAAGAAGAAGGAGGACUACUCUCAGCACUACCACCAGACGAAUGGUGUAAGGCACCAGUGCCACUGCCUGUUGGAGCAAAAAGCAAGAUAUAUUUAGAAUACCAGUAAAUAUAUAAGUGAUAUGAAUAAUAAAACUAGAUAAUACAAAA